GUCGCCUCAGAGCAAGUGGCCGCGCCAGGCGCGUCGCCCCGGUUACCCCCGGCGCUGAGGGAGCCCGGUGUGUUUCCCCCACCCCGGGGCGGCCCCGGGGGUACGGCGACGGCACAGGCUCGGUGACCGGUUCGGGAGAGGGCUGAGGGGGUCCGUCACCCCAGGGACGGGGCGGGACAGGUGGUCAGCCCGGGACGGCCGGCAGGGCGGGCGGGCUGAGGGGGUCGCUCGUUACCGUCGCUCGGUCCUCACGGAAAGUGAGGGGCUCCCACUCCGCCGUGGGGCGGCCUCGCACCUUCCGGCCGGGAGCCCGAGGGGGAGAGGAGGAUCAAGGGCAGCAGCGGUUGCCGGCGCUUGCCGGGGUCGGCAGGAAACCAGGUAGCGGGAUCCGCGGCUGUGGGGAGAGGGAACCCGCAGCCCCGAAACCGCGGGGACAGAGAUACCCCUGACUGAAAGGGGUGUGAGGGGAAGAGGGAAUUAAAUAUUUUGUAGUUCUCUUAAAAUAAUCCAGUACCGAAGGCAAAUCUUAGGCAGAAAAGAUAGAGAGAUGGAGCCUACCGUUUUGGAUGCCGGCUUGAAUUUUUUAUUUACUCUUCGGUUUUAACCACUGCUAAAUGUGGAUUUUGUGAGAGAACCCGAAGGCGGUUGUUCCAUUGUUCCUUGUUUGAACGUAAAUCUUAGUUUUGCUGCUUGUGGAAUUUCUUGGGUUUGUUGGUUUUUUUUAAAGGAUCUUUCCAGGUAGCUUUGACGUCUGACAAAAUGAAGCCUUUGUAUUUUUCAGUCAAUUACACCUAAUAUUGACAUUCUGUUUGGUACAAGGGACUAAAGUGCUGCCUCACUCAGAGGACCAUUAAAGACUUUUUCUUUUGCUACAUGUAGCUGAAUGUGUUACGACACAUCCUUUCUCCCCCCCCAAAUCUUCCGAAAGAUUCUUCCAAAAUGAAGAAAUUUAAUUUUCGCAAAGUUUUGGAUGGUUUAACUGCCUCAUCCCCUGGUGGAAGCAGUGGUGGUGGCAGUGGUGGUGGAAGUGGGGCUGGUGGUGGCUCCGUGCACCCGGGAGGGACUGCAGGUGCUGCAGGGACUCCCAGAGACGAGAUCCAGGAGACGCUCACUUCAGAUUAUUUUCAAAUUUGCAAGACGGUUCGCCAUGGUUUUCCUUAUCUACCCACUGCCUUAGCUUUUGACCCAGUUCAGAAAAUUCUGGCAAUUGGAACAAGAACAGGAGCCAUACGAAUAUUGGGCAGGCCUGGUGUUGAUUGCUACUGCCAACAUGAAAGUGGUGCUGCAGUCCUGCAGCUCCAGUUCUUAAUCAAUGAGGGUGCUUUGGUCAGUGCAAGUGCAGAUGAUGCACUUCAUUUGUGGAAUCUCCGACAGAAACGACCAGCUAUCCUACAUUCUCUGAAAUUUAACAGGGAAAGGAUUACUUUCUGCCAUCUACCUUUCCAGAGCAAAUGGCUUUAUGUUGGAACAGAGAGGGGAAAUACACACAUUGUAAAUAUCGAGUCCUUCAUUCUUUCUGGAUAUGUUAUCAUGUGGAACAAGGCAAUAGAACUAUCCACAAAGACUCACCCUGGGCCAGUUGUACAUUUAAGUGACAGCCCAAGAGAUGAGGGAAAACUAUUGAUAGGCUAUGAAAAUGGGACUGUUGUACUCUGGGACUUACGAUCUAAAAGAGCUGAUUUGAGAGCUUAUUAUGAUGAGGCUAUUCAUUCUGUUGCUUGGCAUCAUGAAGGGAAACAGUUCAUGUGCAGUCACUCUGAUGGCAGCCUAACCCUAUGGAAUCUGAAAAGUCCUAACAGACCAUUCCAGACCACAAUUCCACAUGGAAAAAUUCAGAGAGAUGGAAAAAAACCUGAGUCUUGUAAACCAAUUCUUAAAGUAGAGUACAAGACCUGUAAAAACAGUGAACCAUUUGUGAUAUUUUCUGGUGGAUUGUCAUAUGAUAAGGCUUGCCGAAGACCAAGUUUAACAAUCAUGCAUGGGAAAGCAAUUACAGUUCUUGAAAUGGAUCACCCUAUAGUUGAUUUUUUAACUCUUUGUGAAACCCCGUAUCCAAAUGAAUUUCAAGAACCCUAUGCUGUAGUUGUGCUUUUGGAAAAAGAUCUCAUUGUUGUUGACCUGACACAAAGCAAUUUUCCAAUCUUUGAAAAUCCAUAUCCUAUUGACAUUCAUGAGUCACCUGUUACCUGCACAGAAUAUUUUGCGGACUGUCCGCCAGAUUUGAUUCCUGUACUCUAUUCUGUAGGAGCAAAACAUAAAAAGCAAGGAUACAGCAAUAAGGAGUGGCCUAUCAGUGGUGGAGCAUGGAACCUUGGAGCUCAGACAUAUCCUGAAAUCAUUAUUACAGGCCAUGCAGAUGGAUCAGUAAAGUUUUGGGAUGCUUCUGCCAUUACUCUACAGAUGUUGUACAAAUUAAAAACAUCAAAGGUCUUUGAAAAACAGAAACUGGGAGAAGGAAAAGCAACAGCUGAGAUUGUGGAAGAAGAUCCUUUUGCUGUUCAGAUGAUAUACUGGUGUCCCCAAAGCCGAAUUUUCUGUGUGGCAGGAGUUUCUGCAUAUGUGGUUGUCUACAGGUUCAGCAAACAUGAAGUAAAUACUGAAAUUGCAUCAUUAGAGGUACGACUUCAGUAUGAAGUAGAAGAUAUCAUUACUCCUGAACCAGAAAUAAUUCCUCCAUUUCCAGAUGCCUCCUCCCAGCCUCCUUCUUUAAAGAGCCUUUCAGGCAGUACCAACACUGUAGCAUGUGAAGGAACAAUGAAGGAUAGUAUCCCAUGUCUUAGCGUUAAGACUCGACCUGUGCGAAUGCCUCCUGGAUACCAAGCAGACCUUGUUAUUCAGUUGGUGUGGGUGGAUGGUGAGCCUCCACAACAGAUUACCAGUCUUGCUGUAAACUCUGCUUAUGGACUAGUGGCAUUCGGAAACUGCAAUGGUUUGGCUGUUGUGGACUUCAUGCAGAAGACAGUACUGCUGAGCAUGGGAACCCUUGACCUAUAUGGAUCAAGUGAUCCAUACCAGCGUCAACCCCGUUCACCUCGCAAAAGCAAGCAGUUUGCUGCAGACAACUUUUGCAUGCGUGGCCUGUCUAACUUUUAUCCAGAUUUAACGAAACGGAUCCGUACUUCUUAUCAGAGCCUGACUGAACUCAGUGACAGUCCAGUUUCCCUGGAGCUAGAGCGUUGCAAGUCUCCCACUUCAGAUCAUGUGAAUGGUCACUGUACAAGUCCAACGUCCCAGAGCUGCAGUUCAGGAAAACGACUUUCCAGUGCAGACGUCUCAAAAGCAAACCGCCGAGGGCCUGGGAGGCCCCCCUUCAGAAAAGCACAGUCUGCAGCCUGCAUGGAGAUUUCUCUCCCAGUCACCACAGAAGAAAAUAGGGAAAACUCCUUCAGCCGUUCCCGAAGCUCCAGCGUGUCCAGUAUCGACAGGGACUCAAAGGAGGCAAUUACAGCUUUGUACUUCAUGGAGUCCUUUGCCCGAAAGAAUGACUCCGCUGUCUCUCCCUGUCUCUGGGUUGGAACAGGCCUCGGUAUGGUCUUGAUCCUCUCCCUUAAUCUGCCUGCCAGUGAUGAUUUGCGGCAGUCAGAGCCAGUCAUGGUGUCACCAAGCGGCACAGUUCUGACACUGAAAGGAGCCGUGCUGACCUUCGCGUGCUUGGACUGCGUGGGGACACUGACACACCCACCGUAUGAAGUAUGGAGGGACCCACACAGUGCUGACGACAGUGAAAAAACAAGAAAAAGGAAACUUGUCAUGCAUUCCCCUUCUUCCUCCCAGGAUAUGGGUGAUCAUCAAUUUGCAGUCAUUUGUUCAGAAAAACAAGCCAAAGUCUUCUCGUUGCCUUCCCAAACAUGUCUUUAUGUCCACAACAUCACCGAAACGUCCUUUUUAUUGCGAGCAGAUGUGGUCACCCUCUGUAACAGCGUCUGUCUGGCGUGCUUUUGUGCCAAUGGGCACAUCAUGACACUGAGCUUGCCCAGCCUUCGCCCACUGCUGGACAUCAACUAUUUGCCUGUCACAGACAUGAGGAUAGCGCGGACCUUUUGUUUCACUAAUGAAGGGCAAGCUUUGUAUCUCAGCUCUCCCACAGAGAUCCAGCGCCUGACGUACAGCCAGGAGAUGUGUGACAAUCUGCAGGACAUGCUUGGGGAUUUGUUUACUCCUGUGGAAACACCAGAAGCCCAAAACAGAGGCUUUCUCAAAGGACUUUUUGGAGGAAGUGGGCAAGCCUUUGACAGAGAGGAGCUUUUUGGUGAGGCCACAGCAGGAAAAGCCUCUCGCAGCCUUGCCCAGCACAUCCCUGGAUCGGGUGGAAUCGAAGGGGUGAGAGGAGCCGCAGGAGGAGUCAUUGGGGACUUGACUCGUGCACGCAUUGCCCUUGAUGAGAGAGGACAGAAACUGGGAGAGCUGGAUGAGAAGACUGCGAGCAUGAUGGCCAGCGCAGAGGCGUUUUCCAAGCAUGCACAUGAGGUGAUGCUGAAAUACAAGGACAAAAAGUGGUACCAGUUUUAGACUUCCGGAGCCGCUGCUUGUGGCUUUGUUAAGAGCACGGUUCAGGGAAGCAACAUUCAUUCCCCAAUCCACCAGUCACUGGCCAGAGACAGUUUUUUUCUCCUAGAAGAUGUUUUCCUGUUACUGUUAUUGGAGUCAUCGCAGUGGGAGUCAAGGAGAAAUUUUACAGACCGUGAGACGGAAGCUAGAACCAUGUGGGUCUUACUCCACUGGCUGGCUCAUGCAGUAGCCAAGUUUUUUUUCCAAAAGGAACUCAACCAUCACUGUGGCAUGUAGUUUUUCAGAAGCUGUAGGUACGAACUGUGGGGAGUGCGUCUGGUUAAAAAUAUUCUGUACAAACUCGAAUGUUAAUGCACUUAUAAAACUUUGCAUGACUAAUUGACAUCUUAAGAAAAAAAGAGAAAAAGAAAGCAUGUUGUGACCGAAGAAAAAUGGGAUUUAUUUCUAUUCUGAGCAAAAAAAAAAAAAACCUUAAAUGGUAAAAAUCUUUAUUUUUUAAAAGUGACAUUACAAAAAGCCAGUACAUUUCAAGCAUGUUUGCUACUGUUCUCAACAUAAAAAUUAGUUGAGCUGCACUUUCUUAUCUGCCAUUUAUUUCCCUCAAACAACCUUGCUGUUACAUUCCUACCAGAAGAAUAACUAACUUCAAAAUCCCAAAAUGCCCCAAACUUACAGAUUUUUCAAGUAGCUAGACAGGCCCUAUCUGAAAUGCCAUGAAAACAUGAGCAUAGAUGGCUUAUUUCCAAUUCAGAGCACACGACAUGUCAUCCUUCUCUGCACUUUUACAAGCGUGCUCUAGAUUAAUCUCAGUUGUCCUUGAAGGGGGCUGUGACAUUUUUCAUCCCUGUGGUGUCUCUAUCACUCUGUUGCCUUAUUUCUCAGUAGCAGGAAUAGAAAACCAGCUUAGGAAAGCGCUUCUUCAAGUUAGGAAAGGCAAGAUGGGAAAGCCCAGGGCUACGAGUUGGGGAGUCCUGUCAAGUUCUGCUCACAGAAGCUGCUUAGCAGCUUGCAGAGCCACGAUUUUUCUCAAGCGGUCAGUUGAAAUUAUGCUAAGGAAACUGCACAGUAGCCCCCUAAAGCUGGGGGAGAGAGAGCACAGCAGCAAGACUAAACGAUGGGCCAGGAGAGGAGCACGAAAAACAAGGGUCAACAUACAAUGCUGAAUUGGCACAUAUAUAAAAUGGCACCCCGGGUGCGUCGCAAUUCAUUUUUCUGCUCUCAUGCUGCUAAAAGUAAUUUGCUUCUGCUUCAAAGCAGCUUGUUUGGUUUCUACAGUGAACGCUGCAGAAAACUCUCCAACCUGCAGCUACAGAAGAGAACAGUAAGUAGAACCUGUUACCUGUCUUAUCGAAUAGAGCCCUAGUCCAUGGGUGUGCUGCAGUCUCAGUAGCCUGCAGGAGCCUCCACACCACACAGGUCAACUGUUAAGUUAGAAAUUUUUCCAAGAUUGGCUUGGAAACAGGGCACCAAAGGCUUCUUUUCAUGUGCCUGGACGUAAUUUCAGAUUAGAAAAGGAAAGUGAGGAAGAACAGCAUUUAAAACUUUUCUAUAUGAGAAGAGAGACAUCCUCUGUCCCUUCAAGGUGUCCUGACGGACACUGAUGCAGACCGGCAGCGUCACCCUCCUGACUUGAUCUUAACUUCACUGGCGUUUAUCUCACCCCAGUGUUCUGAUGAUCUCUCCUAGCGAUGCCUUUCCCAUAUCCUUCAUUUUCUUAUAAUAAAAUGGAGUCCAGGAAAUUGCGCUGUCAUCCCAGCUGCACAAGUUAAAGGGUUGGAACAGAUCUGAGGCAUUAAGCUUCAAAUUAGCCUUGUAGCACAACAGGAAUUUUGUGCUUUACAUUCUUCUACAUGUCUCUGUGGGCAAAAUCAAAAUGACACCCUGACAAGUGUCACUCAAUUGCAGAAGGAGACCCAAAGUUCCUCUCUGUCACAGGAGAAACUGCGCUGUAAUGGUGAGAACUGUAGAACGUUACUGGGCAAAAGGUCAAAGCCCAAGCACUGCCUAGUGUUCUGCGGAGAGUUAAGGGCUCGGCGUUGUCUGUGACCAGAGUGGCUGUCUGCCUCUCUGGGUGUGUAAACAGCAAACUCACCACUCUGAUGCCAGUAUGAACUGGGUUGGGGAAUUCCUCCCAGCAGCCCCUGUGCGUGUGAGGGAAAGCAUCGCUGUACCCAGGCAUCUAGAUUGAGAAAUAAACGAGACCAACAUUACAGCAGUUCUGCCUUCUGUUUAAAUGUAUAUUCACGCUGCCUGUGCUCUGGCCUCCAAUCCAAAACCACUAGUCUCUGGGCAACAACAUCCUUUGGGGCAGCAGAUCAUUCAAACGCUCCAACCAGCUUUCUAGCCCGUAUUCUUCCUGCCUUCUCUGCUUUCACAGCGAAGCUAAGCCGUCUUCACUGACACCAAGCCAGGGCCGCCCCACCAGCGUUUGUUCUGUACCCAGCUCUACGCUUGCCCUGGCGCAGAUGGGAAGGCCAUCACCCGGUCCCGUGUGGCGCUUGCACACCCGCGAGGCCGGUUUCCACUAUAAACUGGUGUAACACAGUCAGCCUUUUAAGAACACAGUCUGGGUGAGCAGUAGCACGUGGUGCUCAGGCCGCGGUUGGGUCACUCCAAUGGCACGGAAGCUACCCAGUUCCACCUGAGUUUUCUGCUGUACCUCCCGCAGGUCACUGAUACUGCAAAGAUCCCCAUUACCGUGCUCUCAGUGAAAGUGUGCUCAGGCUGGAGCUGGAGCGGGCCGCUGGCUCGUUUGAGGAUCAAAUGUAAAAAUUUAAGAGCAACUUUUAUUAUUUGCUAAUCAUGCCAGCACGCCCAGAGAGAAAAGGGGCUUCAACAAGUCUUUUACACAAUGCCUGGCUGACUUUGCCAGCGGUCUCUAGCUUAACACCGGGGUAGGGGGAAGAACCCCAAGCCUGCCAGUAGAUUCCAGUUGCAUUUUUAUGCAAGACAAAAAUGAGCAUCUAGCAUCCCUCAAACAUACAAUUUUUCAUACUUAAACGUGUAAGCAACUUUUCUCUAGGACUCCCCACCAGGUCACAGCUGUACCUUCCUUUCCACUCUUAGGUAUUUCACAUAUUUCCAGGCAGUUACAAAUUACUCUUUCUGUUGUGUUAAGUUCACCACUUGUGACAAUAAUUAUCAAUUUUCUUGUAGUCUGUAGAGAUCUAAAAAGUUGUAUAUGUUUGUAUAUAGAACAUUCUAUAUAUAAAAAUAUAUAUAUGUAAUGUAUAUGUUGUAUAAGUUUGUUAGUGCACACUGUUAAAUGCUUUCUAUCGAGAUCUACCAUGUAUGUGGAGGGAAAAAAAACCAAAACAAACCUUCACUUAAAAACGUCAAUGUGGGAGGAAGAACUUUUGCCUGGUUGAUUUAUUGUGAAAUGAGGGGGAGUGUGGGAUUUUUCUGAAAGGCCCGACCUGACCGCUACCACAGGUGGUUAGCGAAAGGAACAGAGAUGCUGCACGCCGAGCAACGAGCACAGCACCUGACCUGGCUGGCUGUGAGAAAACUGAGGACAGCAGCUGUCGCUGGAUGCUGAAAUCACGUGCUUUCACCUUUCCCCCUAAGACAGCACCGCCUCAAGCAAAAGCCUGAACUUACUUAGAGGCAUCCUCACCCUCACAGUCCUCGGUUACAAUAGACCAGAUUGGCUGGAAAUAUUUGUUCAAUUCAAAAAUGCUUCUUGUUCCCUUAGAUGCCCGGUCCCUCACCUUCUUCUUUACAGGAGAACAACUCUAUCUCAAGAGAGAGAGGAGACCUCUCCAUCGCGCCACGUCCAAAACCAGACACACAGCACUUCCAGCAGCAACACCCCCACCCCUCCCCGGGCUUGACCAGGUGCGUUUAAGCUUAUGCCUGGAGCUGUAGAUAGACAGAGUUUGCAGAGAAAAUAAAUGAAAUUACAUUAUUUCUAUAGUUUCAAAGUUGGCAUGUCUUCAAUGAAGUACGAGCUAUUUUAUUAAAAAACAGAAGAAAA